CGUGAAGUUUCCUGGUGAUAAUGGAAGCCUUCAAGUGGACAAUUUAAUUUAGAAUGAAUAAUUAAAAAGACGUAAAAUUUUUAAGUGCAUCAAAUAGUUGAAUAAAUAGUAGUGACAAGAGGCAUUCUCAGUCAUUCAUUCAUUAAGUGUGAAUAGGAACGACAGGAUAUUUCUCAAGCAUUAACUUCAUUUAGACAUUUUUUGUAGCAGUGCAAAAUGUUUCAGAUGGAGAAGUGCAUUUUCUUGGUCCUUUUGUUCACAUCAACUUCAGUUUAUGGAGACGACUACACGGUGACUUCAAUAAGUGAUACAAAUUUUCAAUGGGCUCACUCACCUUACUGGGACGCAACCAGCCAAUCACUGUACUUUGCAGACAUCGAUGGGGGCACAGUCAGCUGUUAUCAGCCCUCCACUAAGAAUCUCAAUACUGCCAAAGUCGAUCCACAAAAUAGUAAUACCUCAUGCAGCGUGGUAGUACCAUUGAAAGGGCAGAAGGAUAAAUAUGUAGUCGGUGUAAACAGCAGUGUGGCCACUCUAACAUGGGACAGUAAAAGCAGCAGCACUAGUAAACCAGCCAUCAUUACAGAGCUCACUCAAAACAAGACGAUCAGGACACAUACUGGAAAAGCUGAUCCUAUGGGACGCUUCUGGAUUGGAACACUAGGACCAUUCCGCGAAGAUUCAGCGGGCCAGGAACAGCCUGCUUUCUUGAACUCUGCCAAUGAGUACUUGAUAACAGCCGAAGGCAAAGCGAUCAUCAAAAUUCCAGAUGUUUCAAUCCCUGACGGUCUUGCUUGGAACGCUGAUAAAACCAAGAUGUACUUUGUUGACACUUAUGACCAUAAAAUUCUUGUUUUCGAUUAUGAUAACGGGUCAGGCGAUAUUUCAAACAAAAAAGUAGUUUUUGAUUCAAAAGCGAACAACAUUGAUGGCUACCCAGCUGGCAUGGCAAUUGAUACUGAGGGAAAAUUAUGGGUGGCACUGUUCUUCGGUGGUUCGGUACUAAGAGUUGAUCCAGAUUCCGGAAAACUUCUUCAAACAGUUAAUAUUCCAGCAAAAGAGCCAACAAGCUGUACAUUUGGUGGCGAGAAUCUCGAUAUUCUGUACGUGACAUCGGCACGAAUUUUCCAGAAAGUUGCGCCUCCAACUGAAUACAGUGGACGAGUUUAUGCUGUGACAGGAUUGAAGAGCGGAGGAAAACCGGUCACUGGUUAUCCUGGACGACCAAUUAAUGCUAUUUAAUGCCCUACUGGUAUUGAUAAAAUACGUAAUAGUAGCUGAAAAAUCGUAUCAUUUGUUGAGAGUCUGAAUGAAACUUGUUCAAUGUUUGAACAAACUUAGUUGACUGAACAAUUAAUUGCUUUGCAUGAAGGUGCAGUGAAAUAUUCUUCAGCAGUGACUCUACGAUUUAUUCGCGCGGCUGCUGUAGAUUUUAUAUCGAUAUACAUAGACUAUACAGUGAUCACAAAGUAGAAGAUUACUUCUUCUCUGUGACAGUGAUAGACUAAAGUUGUCGAUCGGCUAGAAUAUGUAGUGUCGCUAAGCUAUUGCACCUUGAAUCACACAAAAUAUUAUAAUUAUUGUAAAAUAUCAGUACAGUUGAAAACUAGAAUACCGGUAUGCAAUGUGUUUCUAUGUCUGUGAUUAGGCCUAUGAAUACAGUUUUUGAAAAUAGACUGAAUAAAUGAAAAACUUCAUUCACAUGGGCUACUUUCCAAAUUAAUAAAACAAUAUAAAAAUCUUGAAGCUCCCUUUAUUUUUUAAAAAAACUUUAAAAUAGCUCAAAAGCUAUUUAUAUCACACCAUCAUCGUCAGGUUAUAGAAUAAAAUAAAUUUUCAAUAAAUGUUUACUAAUAAUAAGCAUAAAGUUCAUAAUAUAGAAUCUAUCAAUUAACAAAACUAUUAGUAAACAUUAUUUAUUGGAAACUUAUUUUAUUUCAUAACCUGACGAUGGUGUGACCACCGAAACUAGUUGUUGAACUAUUUUAAAGUUUUUUAAAAAAAUAAAGGGUGUUUCAAGAUUUUUAUAUUGUUUUAUAAUUAAAUGAAAUAUAAAAAUGAAACACCUUAGAUCAUACAACACAUUAUCGUUUCAAUUGUAAAGUAACAGUACAGUUGAAAACUUGAAUACCGGUAUACAAUGCGUUUGUUAUGUCUAUGAUUAGGCCUAUGAAUACAGUUUUUGAAAAUAGACUGAAUAAAUCAAAUAUAAAAAUGAAA